GCGAUGGGGAUGUUUGGCCAGAGUAGCACGACUAUUCAGGGCAAUCACCAUGUCAGGUUUCCAAGAAUAAACCAACGACAAUCACCUCUCCUGACUGCUAUUGAAUCCGAAAGGGCAUUAAUAGGACUACACCCCACUUGUCUCCAACCUGCUCGCAGCCGCUCCUUCCCCGUCGUCUGUCGUCUCUACUCUCCCCCAACACGCACGCACACCUGAAAAACGGGCGGUUAAUGAAACCGACGGGUGCCUGGAUGAAUUAGUCGCUCAUUUACCGUCUAUUAAAGGCUAACGGUAUAUUUUCUUUCCGUUGUUCAGUCGUAUCAGUGUUCAUCCAUGCAAUGAGUCUCACACCGAACUAUCGGCCGCCCGAGCAGGCCCAACUGGACAAUUUCGGCGUCGACUGGGUCGUUCACUAUCAGUUCGAGGAUCUCGAUGCGUCUACUGCACUCGCAGAAUUCGAAGCGCUCAUCCGCGACCUCGAAGGAGCCCAUCUCGAAACCCAGGUCCGUCCUGGCCACGGCGCCUCGCUGCUGGUCUUCAUCCGCGUUCCCCGCAUGCACCUGGGCCGAAUGGUGCACCAGUCUCGAGUCAAAGACUGGCUAUACGGGAUCAUCCACGAACUCCCUGCCGGCGACGACGAGACGAUCGCCGACGCCGAAACGCCCGCCGAAGCCCUCCGAUCGGUCUACCACGCCGUCACCUGGAAGAAGACACUGGGCGGGGCCCAUAUCACGCCGAAGCACGGGAAAUGGAAGCACGUCGCCUCGGCAUUCCCGCUGCACGACCAGGUGGCGAAUGCCGAGUUGCUGCGCAAAUGGAGCCGGACAGUGCUCUUGACGGCGGAGGAUCUGGAUGCGAUCCGGUCGCUGUUCGGGGAGAAGGUGGCCUUUUACUUUGCGUUCAUUCAGUCGUAUUCGUCCUUCCUCGUGUUCCCAGCCAUCUGGGGCGCCGUCACGUGGUGGUAUAUGGGACCGUACUCGAUCACGUUCGCAGUCGGGAACUGUCUUUGGGCGAUGGUGUUUGUAGAGUACUGGAAGAUCCGCGAGACGGAUCUGAGCCUGCGGUGGCAGGUCAAGGGGGUCGGGGUGCUGAAGGUGACGAGAAACAAGUAUGUGUGGGACAAGGAGGUGCGAGACCCGAUCACGGGCGAGAUGGUGCAGGUAUUCUCACCGUAUAAACAGUUUCUGCGGCAGCUGCUGCUGAUCCCGUUUGCGUCAGUCGCCAGUCUGGCGCUGGGGGGGCUGAUCGUCGUUACCUUUGCGAUGGAAGUGUUCAUCUCAGAGGUCUAUACCGGCUCCCUGAAGGGGUACCUUGAGUUCCUUCCUACGAUCGUAUUUUCGCUGUGCCUGCCCUCCAUCACGGGGCUGCUGACCUCGAUUGCGACGAGACUGACCAAGUAUGAGAAUUACCGGACGCAAGACCAGUACGACCUCGCGCAGACGGCGAAGCAGUUUGUGAUGCACUUCAUCACCGCAUUCCUGCCGACGAUCCUGACGGCGUUCGUGUACGUCCCCUUUGGCGCAACCAUCGUGCCCUAUCUGGACUUCACCCGCCGUACAGAGAAGCAGGACUUCCACGUCGAUAAUGCGCGGCUGCAGCAGGAAGUGAUCUACCUGUCCAUGACUGGCCAGGUAGUGGAUUUCGGCACGGAGGUGGUGCUCCCGUACGUCCAGCGCGUAAUCUGGCAGAAAUGGCGCGACUACCAGAGCAGAAAAGAGGCAGUCCAGGGCCGUCGGCGUGUCUCGUCGGCGACGAACCAGGUGCUGCUUGACAGUCCCGAGGAAAAAGAGUUCCUGGCGCGUGUCCGCAACGAGGCGGAGGCGGACGAGUACAACGUGCACGAGGACACCCUGGAGAUGUGCGUGCAGUUCGGCUACCUCACGCUCUUUGGAGCGUCAUGGCCGCUGGUGGCAUUGGGCUUCCUGCUGAACAACUGGCUGGAGCUGCGAGGCGACUUCUUCAAGCUCAGCCUUGAGUGCCAGCGGCCGCCGCCCAUCCGCGCCGACUCAAUCGGCCCGUCGCUGCAGGGCCUCGAGGUGCUCAGCUGGCUGGGCACGCUGUCGACAGCGGCCAUCGUCUACCUGUACCGCGGCGACAUUGCCGAGGUCCGUGUCUCGUCGCUGCUGCUGACCGUCCUGGUAGCUGAAUGGGCGUAUCUGGGCCUGCGGUUCGCGGUACGCACUGGGCUGCGCACAAUCCUCAGCACGACGCUGCGGCGCGAGUCAGCCAAACGGUAUGCGAUGCGCAAGGGCUACCUCCAGGCGUCCACUGGCGGCAGCUCACCGCGGGGGAAGCACCGGGUGCGCUUCCGCGACCGAGUCAGCGUGUACACUAGUGCGACCGACCCGCCGUCUCCGCAGUCGGACGAUGUGCUGCAUGAGGCGACGAUGGAUUCAGAAAGGAGGUUCUGGGCUGGGACGGCCGUGGAGGACGGGGUGCGCAUCAUCAAGGCGCUGGCCAGGCGGAAGGGGGAGAAGGAGAUGUAA